AUGGAUUCGUUAUCCAAGAAAAUCAGCAACUUGGGGAUACACGACAUCCGAAAUGCGGCGCGAUUUGCGCAAAAUGUGAUCAUUCAGUAUGAACCUUACCAGGUGGACGUGCGGCGGGCCACCAACACGGACUCGUGGGGUCCGACGCCCAAGCAAAUGUUGAAGGUAAUGCGCCACAAGAACCAUGUGCCCAUGUAUCUGAUUACGGAGUAUACGAUGAAGCGGUUGGUGGACCACAUGGCCAAGAGACCGAAGAACUUGUACGAGAAGGCGCGCAAGCAGUACGUGAACUACGGGCACGAAUGGCGAGUGGUGUUGAAGUGCCUCGUCGUCUUGGAAUUUCUCAUACUCAACAGCAGCUCUGGACAGGAGUUGGACCAGGUGCUCAGUUGCAUCAACACGCACAAGCAUAUCUUGGCGCGGGACACCAUGCAGUUCAAGGUGGAGUUCAGCAGCGACGGGAAGAUGGAGGUGCACGAGCGUGGGAUCCGGAAGAAGUGCGAGCAGGUGCUCCAGUACACAGAGGAUGCCGGCUACUUGAAGCGUGUGCGUGCAAAGCAUAAGCAGCAAAGCAUGCAGAUCCACACCAGCGGGUCGGGCUACGGCCUGAAUGCGUCGUACAACGACAAUGUCGUCAGCAUUGGCGACGCGAGCUCCGCGGGGACCUAUGACUUGGAUGACGAGCUGGAGGACUACGAACCACAUAAAAACAACAGGACGGGCUCGGCCGAGGGGAACCAGCGCCGCGCCUCUGUAUUGGAUGAGCAGCGCAGACAGCGCCGCGAGCUGUUGCGGGAGAGAAUUAAGCACAGCGAGCGGCAGAGAAAGGAGAGUGCAAAGCAGCAGGAACCCAUCGUCGACCUCUUGGAUUUGGACGACCCCCAACCACCUGCUCCGGGAGGCGACAUCAGUGACGACGACGACUUCGGAGACUUCCAGAGCGAGGGUACACCGCAGCCACACGGAUCCUCGAGUGCUGGGUCGCAGCCUCGCAACAGUGCUAAUAGCAUGAGGACAGGGCCGGUGGACGACCUGCUCAACUGGGGUGACAAGCCUUCGACCAGUUCCUCGGGCAGUGGUACCACUCCUUCCGCUGGCAACGGCAAGCCGGCCGGCCAAGACGCCUUCGCCGCUCUCUUUUCCUACUCCAAAACGCAUAUAUAG